AUGUCGGAGUCCCGUCAGCCCAAGAAGCGCAGCAGGAUCGCCCUCAGCUGCAACUACUGCAAGAAGCGCAAGGUCAAGUGUGACAGAGGCACUCCCUGCUCCUCAUGUGUCCGCUACAAGGUGCCUUCGUUGUGUGAGUAUCCUGAGCCCAAGUUUGCCGACCUGAGCACCUCUCCAGGAGCAGCCGGGCAGCCGGCCCCAGGGUUGAAGCUGGAGUUGGAGCUCUUGAAGGAGAAGAUCAAGACCAUCGAGGCGUCGCUCACCAACAAGGAGCACCAGGACCCCCGAACCACCCAGGUCUCCAGCAACGAAAACUCCGAUGCUGCCAAGAUCCUGGUGGCUGUCAAUCCGUACGCCUCGGAAUACGAGGUGCUCAACUUCUACGACGGCUACACCCCCAUCCACAUCAAAGACGCAUCCAGAAGAAUGAACUUCGGACCGUUUGCCUGGCUCUCGCUCAUCAAGAAGGACGCAGGAAUGUUGGGCAUCUGGCGGUUCAUGUUCUCGUCCAAGUUCGACUAUGUCCGCAAGCUGAAAAAAGAGGUGAUCUUUUCGUCCAUGGUCACCUACAAGCCACUGGCCCAGGGUGCUGAAGACGAGGUUUCGGACGAAAACGACGCUGAGGCCGACUUCCGCGAACGAGCCAUCGACCGUGAUGGCCACAACGACUUGCGUACCUACGACAAGGACUCGCAGUCCAAAACCAUCAAGCCUGCGGUGUCCAAGUCCGACAAGCAGCUCCAACGCAGUGCCAUGAACAGGAACGCCAUCUCGUUGGGGCUCACGUUGUACGAGGGUCAGAUCGACCAGGAGUUGCAGUUGAUCGAGAAAAUCAAGAUCAUCCUCCCCAAGAAAAAGGUGAUCUGGACGUUGAUCUCCAAGUUUUUCCAGACGGUGUACCCCUACAUCCCGUUCAUCGACGAGGAGGACUUCAAGGCCGAGAUGGUGCGGUUGCUCGGACCCGAGUCCUACGAGGACAAGAAAUUGGACGACUUGACGGUGGAAAAACGGUUGGACUUUGCCCACCUCGGCAUCUUGUUGAUCCUCUUGCGUCUCACCUAUGUGUCGCUCUUCUCUAACAAGAGCGCUGCCAACGAAACCAACCUCAAGUCCACCGACCCCUCGCCCAAAAUCCAGGAGUUGAAGUACCUCAUGCUCAACCCCAUUAACAUCGACACCGCCAACAUGGCUCAGUUGUGCCUCGACCAGUUCGAAUUGCUCUGGAAAACGAACUUGGUGGUGUUGCAGUGUGCCCUCUUCAUGAGGUGCUACCACAUGUUUUCUCCCGAGGAUGGCGAUGGCUCCGACGGUGGAGACAGUCAGAUCUUUAAUGGCAUGCUCACCCAAAUGGCAUAUUCCAUAGGAUUGAAUCGAGAACCCGAUUUGUUUGAAGAUUUGGCCAAGGACGGCCGUACAAACAACUUGGGCAGAAAAAUAUGGUACUUCUUGGUGAUGAGUGAUGUUGCUCAGGCAUUCAAGUACGGUAAUCCUCUCAGCAUAAGUAACAGAUACCACGACACAAAACUCCCUUACUUCAAACCUGAAUGUUCCAACAUCAAAGACCACAAGAUGGAAGAGAAUGUGAUUGAAGGUUUCGAACGCAUGAACCAUUUCUGCGACAAGUUGAUUCCUUUGUUAGAGAUGUGCCUUGAUAUGAAAAACCCCACCAAGCUUGCAAAAGUAUUAGAACAAGUCAGCGAGGUGGAAAUAUAUUUGAGUCAGAACUUUCCUCCUCUAAGAAAGUUCGCAGAACCGUACCAUUCUGAGGUAUGGGGCUAUCCUGCUAGUAAGGUAAUGGCGUGCAGAAAAGUUUUGAGUGCAGAGUCGUUCCUCUUGACUAUCUUUUUCCACAUUUACUUAUACUACGAGAAAGAGAAGGAGUACAACUUCUCCUUUUUCUAUUUGAAGAAGAUCAUGAGUAUUGCAUGUGUUGAAUUGAUUCCAUCAUUCUGUCCAUUAGUUCUCAACAACUCAACCAAUUUUGGAGAAGCUGCAGACAUGAUUUUAAACCCUAUAAUCGAAUCAACUAUCCACAGGGUCAGUCAAUUGACUAUGGCAAUUUUGGUGAGGAUUAAUGCUCUGAUCUUCAGAUUGAAACAUGACUCUAAUCAUCAAGAAAACUUGAGAAAUGAUUUUCAAUAUAAACUCAGGUUUGCUAAGCUCUGCAAGUACUCCAAGGUUCAAGAGAAGUUGAUGAAAUUCUGCAUGGUGGCCAUGUCCAGAUUAAGUCAAAGAUACUAUUAUGCAUGGAGGGUGACAAAGGCAAACACAUUCUUGUUGAAGUUGAUUAUGGGAGAGGACUUCUACAAGACUGUUGAAAAAGAUAAAAUCUCAUUGAUACCCAUGAAUGUUGAUCAGCUUGAUGAGUUAAUCCUUAUCGGGGAAACUACGCUCAGAAAGUACUGCAGAAAAGCCAACAUAUUCCAUGCUAGCAUAUCAAGCAAAUCACAAAAAUCUGCUGGAAGAGGAUCUAUCAAGAACUCUACCGUGCCAUCAAUCCAUAGCCCCUACGGUCACAAUUCAAUAGGACUAACCAGCAACUACCCCUCUUCGGUUGAUUCAGCCAGCAAUUCCGAAAUAGAGGAAUUCCAUUUCAUCGAGAACGCUGAUAUUGAUCGAUUAUGGCUCCAAAUGGCAAACAUGAAGAAUGACAAUAAUAAUGGAUACGAUCCAGAAGUACACGAUGGUAACUUGGGGUCUGCUUCAAUGGUUCAAGGUCUCGCCAACAUUCUACCCAACCCUGUGCUCAACCCUCUUAAUCCCCUUAGUCCUGACAGCUUGAAUAAUCAACUCAAAAACUCGCAGAACGGACCAGAUGACCACCUUAAUUUUCCUAUGACAUCCCAUGACAUUUUUAAUAAUUUUGCAAUCGACCAAUUAUUGGGUAUCGAUGGUGUGAGUGAUUCAUGGUAA